GUCGAUGUCUCCCAUGGACGUCUUUUGUUGGAUUGAACACCCCAUUGACUGACUGAAUUUCAUGCUGUCCAAUUUGGAAAGGUAAUUAUUUUUGAGAAUUUUUAGUGGCCCUAGUAAUGUACACUACCCAAAAGAAGUUAAAGACUACCCGACUGUUUGGUAUGACAAUAGUUAGUCUGUCAGGGUUGGUGGCUAUUGCAACGCACAGCCUUCCAAUUGUGUGUGUUCGUUGUGUCUGCUGUUUCAGGUACCCGUAUUAAGAAAUCUGGCGGAAGUUACACGUACGUAAGAGCAGCGUUUGGAGACAUGGCCGGAUUUACAGUAUUGUGGGCUCAGCUGUUUGUCGUGCGCCCCCUAGCGGCCGUAUUGGGAAGCCUGGUCACUGCUGAAUACAUCAUGAGGCCUUUCUACCUGGAGUGUCCCGACUUGGCUCCAAAAUCAGCCAAAGUUCUGCUGGCCACGACUAUACUUGCGUUCAUCGUUGCCUGUAACUGUUAUAGCGUCCGCGUUGGUGCCGGAAUACAGACAGUGUCCGCUGUCUGUAAGGUCAGCGCCCUUGUCGCCAUUAUAGCAGCUGGUGUGUAUCACCUGAUACAAGGUCACAAUGAAAACUUCAGAGACCCGUUCGUCAUCAGCAAUCUCAACCCUGGUGACUUUACCUUGGCCUUGUAUGCAGGGUUGUAUGCUUAUGUAGGAUGGGAUCACAUCAACAACGCAGUGGAGGAAAUCAUCCAACCACAGAGGACGAUGCCAAUAGCUAUUCUCGGAGGCCUUGCCAUCCCCACCAUCUGCUACAUCACGGCCAACAUCGCCUACCACGCAGUCAUGACUAAUCAGGAGAUUCUGUCAGGAGUUGCAGUUGCAGUUGUAAAAUGUCUUUCUUCAUGUUGUUUGCAAGCAAGGUGGAUAGGGAUAGUCACAUUGCCAGAGAUUGAAAUAGGAGAUAAACCUCAUGUAUAGUGGACUUCUUUAUGUUUUAAAGAUGAACAGAUUCAAAAGAUGGUUCUUUAUCUGAAAUAGUGAUUUAUUAUUCGGCGAGGUAAAAUGGGGUUUGACGUUG